GCGAAGCAGCAGGCACUGGGCCACCAUGCGGAGCAGCAGGCACCGGGCCACCAGGCGGAGCAGCAGCAGGCACCGGGCUACCAGGCGGAGCAGCAGGCACUGGGCCACCAGGCGGAGCAGCAGGCAUCGGGCCCCCAGGCGGGGCGACCGGCAUCGGGCCCCUAGGCAGGGCGACCGGCAUCGGGCCCUAGGCGGGGCGACAGGCAUCAGGCCCCCAGGCGGAGCGGCGGGCGCCGGACCCCAGGGCGGAGCGGCGGGCGCCGGACCCCCAGGCGGAGCGACAGGUCUCGGGCCCCCAGGCGGAGCAGCGAGCGCCAGACCCCCAGGCGGAGCGACAGGUCUC